AUGUUGGAGCCAAGAUUCAGUGGUGUCCUUUUCCUGUGGCUUCUGUGUGGAAAUUUGGUUCCAAUGGUGGAAUCAGCCAUAGGGUUUAACUGGGGCACCAUUUCUUCCCACAGGCUGAAGCCAACCACUGUGGUUGAUCUGCUGAGGGAAAACAAGAUCUCGAAAGUGAAGCUCUUUGAGGCAGACUCUGAUGUGCUGAGGGCUCUGAUGGGGAGUGGCAUUCAGGUGAUGGUGGGGAUCCCCAAUGAGAUGCUUCCCCUGUUGAGUUCUUCCCCUGCUGCUGCUGAUUUGUGGGUUAGACAGAAUGUUUCUGCUUAUGUGGGUAGAGGGGGUGCUGAUAUCAGGUAUGUUGCUGUUGGAAACGAGCCUUUCCUUUCAAGCUAUAAUGGUCAAUAUCAGAACUUAGUGAUGCCCGCAAUACUCAAUAUACAACAGUCUUUAGGCAAAGCAAAUCUUGCUGGUUAUGUAAAACUAGUUGUCCCUUGCAAUGCAGAUGCCUAUCAGUCCUCAGCACUUCCUUCCCAAGGGGCAUUCCGGCCUGAACUGACCCAAAUUAUGACUCAACUGGUUCAGUUCCUCAACUCAAAUGGUUCCCCAUUUGUCGUUAAUAUAUACCCCUUUCUUAGCCUUUAUGACAAUGGAGAUUUCCCACAAGAGUAUGCAUUUUUCGAGGGAACUACUCAUGCUGUCCAAGAUGGUUCCAAUGUUUACACUAAUGCAUUUGAUGGAAACUAUGACACUUUAGUUGCAGCCCUCAUUAAACUUGGAUAUGGUCAAAUGCCUAUAGUUAUUGGAGAAAUCGGUUGGCCCUCUGAUGGAGCCAUUGGUGCAAAUACCACUGCUGCAAAGGUUUUCAAUCAGGGCCUUAUCAAUCACAUUGCAAGUAAUAAAGGGACCCCCUUGAGGCCAAAUUCUCCACCUAUGGAUGUUUAUCUUUUCAGUCUGUUUGAUGAAGGAGCUAAGAGCACACUUCCUGGAAACUUUGAAAGACACUGGGGGAUAUUCUCUUUUGAUGGGCAGGCAAAGUAUCCGCUAAACCUUUUACUUGGAAACAAGGAAUUGAAAAAUGCAAGGAAUGUUGAGUAUCUUCCAUCUAGAUGGUGUGUGGCAAACCCCUCCAGUGAUUUGACAAAUGUAGUAAACCAUAUGAGACUAGCCUGUAGCGUUGCAGACUGCACUACCCUUAACUAUGGCGGUUCAUGUAAUGAAAUUGGUGAGAAGGGUAAUGUAUCAUAUGCUUUUAACAGUUACUAUCAGCUACAAAUGCAGGACUCUCGUAGCUGCGAUUUUGAUGGACUUGGUAUGGUUACUUUCCUAGAUCCUUCAAUUGGUGAUUGUCGUUUUCUUGUAGCAGUUACAGAUAAAGGCUCAGAUUCAUCUACGUCUGAAACAGCGUAUCAGUGUUGGAUUCUGUUGUCAGUUCUGAUUUUACAUGGGAUUUUUUUGCUUCCAAUGUGA